AUGGAGAGAAGCAUCUUUCACUGGGGGGAGCUUGGCAGUAGGUUCAGGGGAUCGAAACCCAACAAAGUACGAAAACUCAUCCAGGCCACCCCUUGGGAAGAACUUGCCGACAACGAGGAAAUUGACCACAUCUGCUGCAGCCCUCAUCUGACUGUGUUCAUCCUGAGGGAUGGCAGGGUUUAUACACUGAGCAACAGCCACAAGAGGAGUGGACAACUAGAGCUGAUCACUGCGAUACAGGACGAGAAGAUUCAUACAGCGGACAUCGGUGGCUCCAACAUCCUCUACGUGUCUGAAGCAGGAAAUGUAUACUUCAGUAAAGUCCCAAACCAAAAAUGUGGAGUGGCAAAUAAAUCUUUCAUCGUCACAAAACCAAAGUUACUCAGCAGCUUUGCAGGGAGGUGUGUCGUUCAAGUUGCCUGUGGAAGCAAUCACUCUCUGGCUCUCUGCAAAGAUGGUCAAGUCUUUGCGUGGGGCAAGAACACAAAUGGUCAACUGGGAGUGGGCGAGGCCGUUGGUACCACGCACAGUCCGCAGCACGUGACAGCGCUGGCUGGGAUUCCCUUGGCUCAGAUCGCAGCGGGAGGAUCCCACACCAUUGCAGUGUCUCUGUCAGGGACAGUGUUCGCUUGGGGAGCAAAUCACCGUGGACAGCUGGGUCUAAACGAUGUGAAGGCUCGAUACCAUCCCACUUGUGUGAAGCUUCUGGAGUGUAAGAAAGUCGUGCAGGUGUCCUGUGGGGCCCACCACACUGCUGUGCUGAACAAGGAUGGGCUUGUUUACACCUUUGGAGCGGGAACGUACGGUCAACUCGGCCACAACUCUGACAGAGACGAGCUGAAACCUCGGCUGCUCGAGGGGCUGGAUGGAAUCAAAGUCUCCCAGAUUGCCUGCGGGAGCUCCCACACCAUGGUGUUCAGUUCGGCAUCGGGGCAACUCUAUUCCUUUGGCCGUGGAGAGAACGGGCAGUUGGGAACCGGACAAACCAUUGACCAUUUUGUGCCUUGCCUGGUCACCUUCUCAACAGACGGGACCCACAACCUGCAGCCUGCUCCUGGAGGUCUGCUCCAACCAGCUGUGAAAAGGAUAUUUGCUGGAGCCAACCAGAGUGUUGCCUUGUGCUUUGGUGUUAAGGCCUCACACUCUGCUGACUACCAGUCUUCAUUCAAUCCUCUAAGGAGAAUUGUCAUGGCUGAAGACUCAUUCUGGAACACCUGGAGCAUUCUGGAUAAUGGGGAGCUACAGAAGGACAUCAAAGAGGAGAUUGGUCACAUGUUCUCCGCUGAAUGCCUCAACGGGAGCUUCUUGGAAGUCAGUGGGGAUGAGCAUUUCAAAACAGGCAGAGAAACCUCAGGAGUCGACCUGUCAGCUGCAAGUCUCUGGUUCGAGAAACUGGGAAAACAUCCCAUACUUUUGCAAGAGAUCAAUUCCACCAGAAAGCCUAAAUACCAGGAGAACAAAUUCUACAUCUGUGCACAAGAAGUUUUUGGUGACACACAUGUCUACUGUAAUAAGAAUAUCACUGAUUACGGUAUAAUAUUGGGCAAUAUUAACAGCACUAAUGCAUCUGCUUUGAUUAUCAAUGUAUCUGCUGGUUUAGAAAUGGAUGCAUGUACUGAAAACAUUGUUGCUUCUGCUGGAGAUACUGUUACAUCCACUGGGAUCAUUGAGGCUUCUGCUGGAGAUACUGAUACAUCUACCGGGAUCAUUGAGGCUUCUGCUGGAGAUACUGAUUCAUCUACUGGUAUCAUUGAGGCUUCUGCUGGGGAUACUGAUACAUAUACUGGGAUCAUUGAGGCUUCUGCUGGAGAUACUGAUACAUCUACUGGGAUUGUUGAGGCUUCUGCUGGGGAUACUAAUACAUCUACUGGGAUCAUUGAAGCAUCAGCUGAAGAUACCGAUACAUCUACUGGGAUCAUUGAGGCUUCUGCUGGAGAUACUGAUACAUCUACUGGGAUCAUUGAGGCUUCUGCUGGAGAUACUGAUACAUCUACUGGGAUCAUUGAGGCUUCUGCUGGGGAUACUGAUACAUCUACCGGGAUCGUUGAGGCUUCUGCUGGGGAUACUAAUACAUCUACUGGGAUCAUUGAGGCUUCUGCUGGAGAUACUGAUACAUUUACUGGGAUCAUUGAGGCUUCUGCUGGAGAUACUGAUACAUCUACUGAGAUCAGUGAGGCUUCUGCUGGAGAUACUGAUACAUCUACUGGGAUUGUUGAAGCAUCAGCUGAAGAUACCGAUACAUCUACUGGAAUCAUAGAAGUCUCAAAUGAGAACACAGAAAUACGUACAAGGGACAUUGAAGCCUCAACUGGGAACCCUAAUGCAUCUGCUGGGAUCAUUGACCUCUCAGCUGGAAACACUGAUGCAUCUAAUAGUAUUCUUGAUGCUUCCAGUGCAAACAUUGAAGUCUCUAUGCAGAACAGUACAUUCACAGAUAUCGAUCAUAGUUUGGAGUUUGAUAUUUCUACCAGUGUAACUGACGAACCUAUCGGGAUUGUUGAUGCCCCACAGAGGAACACUGAUGGCCCUACUCAGAUCAAUGAUGUCUUGACUGCAAGCACUGAGACAUCCACUGGGAACAUUGAGAUAUCUACUGGGAUGAUUGAAAUCUCAACUGGAGAUAAUGGGAGCACUGAAACAUUGACUGGAAACACUGAGACAUGUGCCAGGAUGAAUGAUGUACCAAAUGGGAACUCCGAAACAUCUACUGAGAUAGCUACUGGGAUAAUUGAAAUCUCAACUGGGAUCAGUGAUUCACUUACUGAGAUCAUUGAAGCCUCAGCUGGAGAUAAUGGGAGCACUGAAACAUUGACUGGGAACACUGAGACAUGUGCUGCGAACAUUGAAACAUCCACUGGGAACGCUGAGGCAUCUACUGGGAUAAUUGAAAUCUCAGCUGGAGAUAAUGGGAGCACUGAAACAUCGACUGGGAACACUGAGACAUGUGCUGCGAACAUUGAAACAUCCACUGGGAUGAUUGAGAUUUCUACACGGAACCCAGAACCAUUGACCGAAAUCAUUGCUACAUCUGCCAGGACUAUUGAGACGUCUACUGGUAACACUAAUGACUCGAAUGGGAUCGUUCCUGCCCCUGCACUAAGCCUUGAGUUAUCUAGUUCAGAACACUCCUCUGAUGUCAAUUUUGAAUUUGAUUCAACUGCUGAAGAGGAUGAUUGGGAUGAUGACGCUUACUAUUUUGACGAUGAAGACAUUGACAUUGAUUUCUAUCACCUUGCUGCAAUAAAUAUGCUUUUAAAUAUUGGCAGCUCUUUUCUACUUAUCAACAGAACAGAGAUCCUUCAAAACACAUUGACACAACUACGAUCCUAUCAGACAACUGCAUUGCGUGGCUAUUUUAAGGUCACAUUUACAGGUGAGGAAGCCAUUGACCUAGGUGGAGUUUCACGGGAGUUCUUCUCUGUUAUUGCCGAGGAAUUUUGCAGUCGACCAAAGAUUCUCAAGCAAUACGAUGAAUCCAGACUUGUUUGGUUCCCGGAAUGGGAGCCAGAAAUCAAUGAUGUAUUUCGCCUGCUGGGCAUUAUCUGCUGGCUGGCCCUGUACAAUGGUUAUCAGGCGGACUUCCACUUCCCAUUGGCCCUCUACAAGAAGCUGCUAAAUGAGCAACCUACUCUCGAUGACCUGAAGGAACUCUCCCCAACAGUCGGCCGAAAUCUUCAGGAGCUUCUCAAUUAUGAGGGUGAUGACUUGGAGGAGAUAUUCUGCAUGGAUUUCACAAUUGGGGCAGACAUGGCUGAUGGAUCAAUAACCCGACAUGAACUCAUUCCUAAUGGGAAAAAUAUUCCAGUGCAAAGCCACAACAGGAAGUUAUUCGUUGACAAAUAUGUGGACUACAUAUUUAACACAUCGGUGGAGAAACAUUUCCAAGCUUUCUCUGAAGGGUUUCGAUAUGUUCCUUUGCCAGUUGUAGAUUUGUUCCUUCCUGACGAAUUGAUGGCUCUUCUCCAAGGAAACAUGCUGUACGACUGGCCUCAGCUGGAGGAGAACGCCAGUUACAGCUUGGGCUACACAAGAAUGGAUGAAGCCAUUGUCCAGUUCUGGCAGAUGUUUCAUGAGCUAACCCAGGAGGAGAAGAAGCAUUUCCUGGCCUUCCUCACAGGUUGUGACAAGGUUCCCAUUGGAGGCAUGGGCAAGUUCAGGAUCGUCAUUCGGGAGGAUUUCAGACCUGAUCCGGAUUUGUACUUCCCGACUGCUCACACCUGCUACCAAAUGCUGGAUCUGCCCCGGUACAGCAGUGCGGCGAUCCUGAGGGAGCGGUUCCUCCGAGCGAUUGGAUGCAGUCGGGGGUUCGGGAUUGCCUAGUGGCU